GAUCCGCCUCUCCGAAGACUGGCAGCGUUAGAGCGCCAACAUGGCGGCGGCCAGUGCAGGGAAGGUUGGGGCUGCCGCCACAGGAGCCGUCGUCAAGCCGAUUUUCAGCCGGGAUUUGACCGAGGCGAAGCGGCGGGUCAGAGAGCUGUACAGAGCGUGGUACCGAGAAAUCCCGAACACGGUGCACAUUUUCCAGCUGGACAUCACAGUGAAACAAGGACGAGAUAAGGUGCGGGAGAUGUUCAUGAAGAAUGCUCAUGUCACAGAUCCUCGAGUUAUUGACAUGCUUGUUAUUAAGGGGAAAAUGGAUCUCCAGGAAACAAUUCAAGUGUGGAAACAGAGGACCCAUCUAAUGAGGUAUUUCCAUGAGACAGAAACACCACGACCCACAGACUUCCUAUCCAAGUUCUAUGCUGGACAUGAUCCUUGAGAUAAACUUACCGUGUGGAACCAUAGUUCUGUUUUCUCGUGCAAAUAAAGUCCUAUAUAUUGAACUGUUAA